AUGAAAGCCUCCAAGGAGCAAAAGAACCAAGUUUCUGUGGUAGUGUCAGAAUUUGCACUUAUUUGUAUCUAUUUAGUGAUCAGCCCGCUAGUUUCUUUGAUCACACUCGGUCUUUCUUUUCUAUUUUCUUCCCAUAGUUCGACCUACAAAAAAUUCUAGGCCUACAAAUAUGACUUUGAUCCUUCUGGUGAUGUCAGAAGUCGUUUCGAUAUAAAAUCUUAUCUUGUUUUCAUUUUAUUUGUUAUUCCUGAUUCGAAAAUAACCUUUUCUUUUCCUAAUUGGGAAGUACCUCCCAACAAGAUUGAUUCAUUUGGAUCGCGAUCCAUAAUGACCUUUCUAUUGAUUUCGAUGAUUGGAUCUCUCUAUGAAUGAAAACAACAUGCUUCAAAUCAAAAGAGAAUAGGCUGCACUAAUGGAUUAUAUGUUAUUGUUGUCAUUUUAAACAAGACUUAA